GACAGCGUGGACAGAACCUUCAUGACUGCCAGGCUCGGUCUCGCAUCGACUCGAGCUAUCGCUCGCACAUCGCACCCUCCCAGCGUAGUCGUCUCGCGGCGCGCGGCCUCGACGUCAUCCCAACAGCCUGCACGGUCGUUCGGUCGGACUGCGGCAUACGCUUCCCUAUUCAUCGUUUCAACGGGUGUCUUCGCUGCUUAUUAUUUCGAUUGCCGAGCCGCUGUCCACAAGUAUGUGGUGACCCCUGUCAUACGCUAUACGCUCGACCCAGAAGCGGGUCACAAGCUCGCUGUUCGUGUCUUGAGUUCCGGAUUUGCACCCCGUGACAUGGUGCCAGACGAUGAAGUUCUGAAAGUGGAGUUGUGGGAUGAGGAGCUGGCGAACCCUGUCGGACUGGCAGCUGGGUUUGACAAGCAUGGGGAAGCCAUAGACGGACUUUUUGACCUUGGAUUCGGCUGGGUCGAGAUUGGCAGCGUUACUCCAAAACCGCAGCCCGGGAAUCCCAAACCCCGUAUCUUCCACCUGCCGGACGACUCUGCCCUCAUCAACCGCUACGGGUUCCCUUCGGAAGGACAUGCUGCUGUCCUUGCCCGUCUCCGCUCUCGUCUUCCUGCUCUUUUCUCUUACGCGUCCGACCCCGCCAAUGAGUCUCCAUUACAUGGGCAGGAACACGCGUCACUGCGGUCAAACGCUCUCCUCGCGGUGAAUCUGGGCAAGAACAAAUCCUCACCACCAGACUCCAUCGCUGACUUCGUCGCCGGCGUCCGUACGUUUGGUCCAUACGCGGACGCACUAGUGGUGAACGUUUCCAGUCCUAACACCCCUGGUCUAAGAGGGAUGCAGAGUCGGGCCUUGCUGCAGGAGCUGCUGUCCGGCGUGGUCGCGACCAGAGACGAAGUCACUGCCACGUCCUCUCACUCACAUCGACCAAGGCUCCUCGUCAAGAUCGCUCCCGACCUGACCGAGCCCGAGAUUACGGACGUAGCGGCUGCUGUGCUCGCUACCGGCGGUAUCGACGGUGUGAUAGUAAGCAACACUACGAUCCAACGCCCUCCGUCUCUAUCAGAUCCGAACAAAGUGGAGGUCGGCGGCCUUUCAGGCCCCCCGCUCAAACCACUCUCCCUCACAACCCUCCGCACUCUGCGCGGCCUCCUCCCUGCCUCAGUUCCUCUCAUCGGUUGCGGCGGAAUCUCCUCAGGCGUGGACGCGCUCGAGUUCGCGCGAGCGGGUGCUGCCGCCGUUCAGCUCUACACCGCGUUCGGUUACCAAGGCCCUGGGACGGCUAGACAAAUCAAAGACGAGCUGACUGAGCUCCUUCGCAAGGAGGGCAAGACGUGGCGCGAGGUCGUGCGCGAGGCCGUCGCUGAGCACAGCCUGCGCGAGCAGCAGCCCGCUGAGUCCCACGCACCCUCUGGCGGCGAGUCUAGUGUGCAUGUCCUCACGCAGGAGGCGCAGAAGCUGAAGCAGCUGCUCGAUGAACUUGGACAGCGGAUGGAGAAGACCUUGGAGGAGACGGGUGUGGGUGGAGAGGCGCAAUUCGUGGUGGUCACUCCGCCACCUACGGCGUAGGGCGAAGUCCUACAGGGAUCUGUAGUGUUCGUCUGGACUCGAUGGAUCUGUCGCGAGCUCUUUCUUGUCGGUGUGUGUCCAUCAAGCUGUAGUUGAAGCGAAGUAUAGAUCGAGCUAUCGUUUCCCGGUAUGCUCGCCCUCUAUCUCGUUCAGGUGUAUAGCUGGGGUCAUCUCUAUUGGAGUUCAUCCUACUCGUGUUUGGAAAGGAGGUAUCACUCGUGCACUCAUCAUGUGGGCUUCCGCUACUACCUAUUCGCAAC